UUCCAACAUGAACGGCGACGAGCCGAGUCGCCCGGCGCCGCUCAAGGCCAAGUUCCAGAUCGGGAGCGCCCAAGCGCCCAUCAACUACAAGUUUCAAGAGUCGUGCUUCCACGUCGAUGACAUUCCGCCGCAAAAGCUCGCAGCCAAGCGCGAGAUCCAAAAGUCGCUUGCGUCGCAGAUUCUCGCCAUCGACAAGCACGAGUGGGACCCGUCGACGGCCGAGACGAUGCUCAAAACGCCGAGCCACAAGCGCACCUUUGUGCACGCCGAGAUGAACCACGGCAACAUGUACCAGUACAACUUUCGCGCCGAGAAGCUGCCCGACAAGUACCCGACGCUCCUCUCCAAGCCCAACAAGUUCAACACCGGCAUCCUCGAGGUGGCGCAAACGAGCAUUUACCGCGGCGAGUCGUUUGGCGACGAGCGCAUGAUGCGGGGCAUCUGUAAACGCACAGAAGAGCUGCCAAAUCACCCAAACCUCGUCGACGCCGAGCGCUGGAAUCACUCGACGCAGUUCUCCAAGCAAGAGCUGCGGCACAAGUUUAAAGAAAAGGAGGCCGCGCGGAUAGCCAACUCGGAGCGAGUGAUCGCCGCGACCGCCAAGGCCCACAAGAGCGUCAUUGCACUCUACGAAGAGCAGAAGCGCACGCUGCGCGAGCAAAAGGCUGCGACGCUGGCAUCGACGCGCAAGUAGAUUCAUAUGUAGAGUUAUAAUCGACAAUAGGUCAUCUUGUGCA